AUGUACCACUCUCCCCCUCUCCCUCCCCUCCCUCUCCCUCAGGUGGUACCAGGUGAGACAGCGCUGGCCUUUUAUCGAGCCAAAAACCCAACAGAGAAACCGGUCAUCGGGAUCUCCACCUACAACGUGGUACCAUACGAGGCUGGCCAGUACUUCAACAAGAUACAGUGCUUCUGCUUCGAGGAGCAGAGGCUGAACCCCCACGAGGAGGUGGACAUGCCCGUCUUCUUCUACAUCGACCCAGAGUUUGACACUGACCCCAGAAUGUCCCGCGUGGACACCAUCACCCUGUCCUACACUUUCUUUGAAGCUAAAGAGGGACAAACUCUCCCCCUGCCAGGGUCUCACCCCCUUUGA